CUUGUCAGUGGGCGUAGCCCACGCCCUUUCGGGCGGUCCAGGGUGACCGAAGGCCGUGAUCUGGUGUGGUGAGGGCGGUGGGCCCCGCCAUGCCCCGGUAUUAUGAGGACAAGCCGGAGGGCGGCGCGUGUGCGGGCGUGAAGGAGGAUCUGGGUGCAUGUCUGCUGCAGUCGGCCUGUGUGCUCCAGGAAGGAAAGUCCCCACGGCAGUGCUUGAAGGAAGGCAACUGUAGAGCUUUGCAGUACUCGUUUUUUGAGUGUAAGAGAUCAAUGUUGGAUGCCAGAUCAAGAUUCAGAGGAAGAAAAGGAUAUUGAUAAUGUCAUGUUGGACGAAGAUGAAAACCACUCAGAAUUUUCUCUGGUCCUUAACAGAAAAGAAUCAAAGUAGGAAGCACAGUAGCUGCCACAUCUGUUCAACCUCUGGGCCUCCCAAGUACACCAGAGAAAACAGAUCAAUGCUGUUUCUGAAUGAUUCUGCUGGUUAAAGUCAUUUAUAGAAGAUUCACGAUACUGAACAACUAUGGGUUAAGAACUUACUGUGUUUUGUGAAUUGCCCAAUGGAGAGAGUGUGUUCAAGGAUGACUCUUGAUCAGAUUACACAGUAUGUGCAUCCAGGAGGCCACAUGAAAUCAGCAUAGUUAGUAACAUAGAAUCUGUUGUCAGCCUCCUCCAACUCGUGUCUGUUUCUUGGUUUCAAUUUUAGGCCAGCCCUCUCCUCAUAAAGGGGUGAUAGUAGCCACAGUCCACAGCCUCAAGGUCUGGUCUCCAAAAAGAAGAGUGUGAGCUGGGCCACAAUCAUACCCUCCUGAAGAACUCUGGUCUUUUCUGGUCAUAUGCUCCUGCCCCACCCUUGGUGAUCCUGGCUAGAUCAUGGUCUUCCCGUACUGUGCCGACACCAUUCACAGUAACAUAGGAUGAGUUAUGGGCCUCAUCCCUAAACACUGGAACUUGCAGCAAAUGAUGUAGCAGAUAUUCACUCUAGAUAACAAAUGUCAGUGACAUGAAGUGGCUAGGAAAGUUUAGAACCCUGAUCAUUUUAUUUUUACCACUUAACACAGUAGAGAGCCAUCAGGACUAAAUCUUUGGUGUGAUUCUUGCCAUUGAAGUCAUUAUAGCUUCCAUAUUGUUCCGUAGUUCACUGGAAAGUGCACUUGCUGUUAAAAGUUUUGAAGCUGUGAGGAUUCCCUAGGGUGUCACUGAAGUCUGCUCUGUAUACUGCCCCCACUGGGAGUGCACGGUACUGCACCCUUAAAUCCUGCCGCCUGUGUCCCAAACAUGGUGUCUGCGUGCAGUGUGGAGUAGUGCGCCUUCUUUUUUUUUUUUUUUUUUUUUUUUCCUAUUCUUUUUUUGGAGCUGGGAACCGAACCCAGGGCCUUGUGCUUGCUAGGCAAGUGCUCUACCACUGAGCCAAAUCCCCAACCCCUGUAGUGCGCCUUCUAUACUAGAAAGCUUGACCACUGAGCCACACCUCCCACUAGUGCUUCAAUGUCAACCGAGAGUAAAAUGUGUUUGUAUGAAAUGCCUCCAUUUGACUAGAUAGAGCUUUAUUUGGAGAAAGUCACAUAUAACAUAAUUGAACUUUGAAUUAUACAAUCCCGUGGAUUUUAGAGUGCUCCUGGAGCAGGUGGCAGUCACCACUAUCUACUUCCAGAACAGUCUCAUCCUUUCCAGAAACCCACACUCUGUCUUUCCUCUAUUCCAGAUCUGUUAGACGAGUGGAAUUACAUAGUCCGGUCUUUUCUGAGUUCUGUUACUAAGUUUUAAAGGUUUAUUCUCAGGUAGCAUCAGUCCGUAAUGUAUUACUGCUGAAUAGUGUUCCGUGUAUACAGACACCGUGUGUGUCUUCUUCCAGCGAGCAGAGGAACUCUGAGCUGUUUCUACUUUGGGGCUUUUGACUAAUGCUAUGAACAUCUGUGAAAAAGUUCGAAAUGUUUGAUUUAGUACAGACCCUAGUGGGGAGCUCCGGGGUCAUAUUAUGACAGCCUCAAUUGUACUUCCUACAGUGGUUUUACCACCAUUUCCUGCUCUCGUGGGAUCUAGGCUCCAGCAUCCCUCACAACUUUCUGCCUGAGAUGAAGAGGCAUCUGAUUGGGAUCUUGGUUUGCAUUUCCCUAAUGUCUAAUAAUCUGAGCUUUUUUUCAUGUGUUCAUUGGCUUUCUAUGCUGCUUUGCAGAAUGUUUAUUUCAGGCUACAGUCUGCCUUUCAGCUGGGUUAUCUUUCUGUUUUUCUGUAGGAUUUUUUAUUUACGGUCAACUCAUCUCUUAAAGAUUAAUUGGCAUUUUUUUUUUCUCAACUUGUGGUUUGCCCUUCUCAAUGUCUUGAUGCUCUCUGAAGCACAGUUUUUAUUUUUAUAUAUUGCCUUUCUGCGUCUUAGCCCAGGCUGGCCAGGAAUCCCCAAAGCCUUGUACACAGAGUGAGCAUUUUCACCGCCUCACUUCCCAGAAGGCACACGGCGCUGCUCCUGCCUAGAGCAGUUUUCAUAUUGGAAAAUAACAAUGUGUUUUUUCUUUCAGUGUAUCCUAAGAAACCAUUCCUAACCUGGACUUACAGAAGCUUAUGUCUUCACUAAAGAAUUUUUAAAUUUUACCUCUUACCUGUAGGCCUGUGCUCUCAAAAUGUUACACACCUUUAUUCAUGGCCAUAUUUAAAAUUAAGUAGAAAUAGUGAGUAUGUAGAUAUGCCUGUAUCGUGAUGAGCACAUUCACAGUGCAGUGCAGUUGGCCUGCAGCCCAGUUCUGCAUCCACCUCAGAAAAUGCCCAGUGAGCCCAUCUAAUGACUCCCAGCCCCUGCCAGGUCCUCCCUCCCUGCCCUGUCUUGGCAUACUCUCUCUCCAUGGCAAUCACCAUUCUCUGUCCUGUUUCUGAAUUUGAGUACCCUAAGUGCCUGGUAUACAUAGAUUCUCAGUGCGUGUGUGUGUGUGUGUGUGUGUGUGUGUGUGUGUGCGUGCGUGUUCAUGUAGCAGAAUGCCGUGAAGGCUUGUAUCAUGUAUGAGUUUCCUUUGUAAGGACAAAUAGUACUUUAGACUUUAGUGUGUGUUGUAUGUAUGCUGUAUGUUUCUUGUUACCUACUCAUCCAGCCGUGGGUACCUCAGUUGUUCCCACCCUGGAGCUCCUGACUAUGCUGUGAACAUGUAUAUACAAAUAUCCCUCGGAUCCUGCUUAGCAUACACGCAGCAGAUUGUAUGUCUUAGGGUAACUCUGCUGUUAUUAGUAGGCACUGCCGUAGUCUCCAUAGUGACCACACUAUUGUAUGUCCUGGCAGCAGUGCACAGAGAUUAGAAGUGCCCAUGUCCUUGUGAGUCUUACUCUUUUUUAGUGGCUGUUCUAGUAGGUGUUAAGAUCUGCUAGUGCUUCUGCUUCCCAUCUCUCUGACUACUGAUGUCACAUGUUUUAUAUGCUUGGUGGCCUUCUUUAUAUAUCGUUUGAAGAAAUCUCUUUAGGUCCACUGCCCAUUAAUAGUUGGGUCGUUGGCUCUGGUUGAAUUUUUGGUAGUCACAUCCACAAAAGCAUUAACCCACCCAAGGGAGCCUACUACAGCUUGCCCUAGGAAACUUGAUUUUAGCUCUUAGCUUUGCUCUCUGGUAUAUUUUGAGUUCAUUUGUGUGUGAGAUGUAAGGUCUGACUUUCUACUCUACCCAUGUGGAUACCUGGCUUUGCAUGUUGCCCUUGGUGGGAAAACAUCCCGCUGUGCAUGGUGGGGCUGUUUCUGAGCCUGGUCUCUUCCAUGACCUCUGUCUGCCUUCAUGCCAACGCCACUGCUUUGAUUACUGGAGAAUUAUAAUAGAAAUUUGAAAUCAGAAAAUGUUUGUUCUGUAAUAAAAAUUUGAAAUCAGAAAGUGUUCUAUAAUAAAAAUUUGAAAUCAGAAAGUA